UUUUCCUAAAUAAACACGGAUCUUGAAAACUGAAUGUAAUGCAAGGAUUUCUUUUUUCAAUAGAUAAAUUGUAACAUUUGGCAGGAUAAGCCAUACAAAUAAAAAAUAGAGUUGAUUGGUUGCUAUGAGCAGAAUAUUUUUAAAAAUAUAGGAUAAUUUUCUUAAGUAUUUGACUAUUGGCUACGACACUUUAAAAGGCGGUAAUUUUGUCUGAUUAGUUAGGUUGAAGACCGUUUUCGAUCUUUGAAUCUCUAUUUUCUAUUGUUGUGAUCAUUGUUUUUGUUGUGACUUUCAUCUUUAUCGCGCAUUCCGCUUUAGUUUUUGUAUGUAGUAUUAGCGCGGUUUUUAAAUCUGGUCGGUUGAACCUCUUGGGAACACGUUAAAUGUAAUGUCUAUACAACGGCUUGAGAUUAAACUUGAGCGCCCUAAUGCCAUCUUCGAGUCCUGGUUGGAAAAAUGGCUGGAGGAGGCAGAAAGAAAAGAUAGCCGUUCCAAAUACAAACUACGUGAGGCCUUGGAAGCUUUGAAAAUGUAUCCGUUGCCAUUGGCCUCCGGUCGAGAAUGUGCCAUUUUAAGAGGGUUCGGUUCUACACUUUGUAACCUCAUUGACGAGGAGAUGCGUCAACAGCGUGAAAAAGCCCAAACAAUUAACCUGAAUAGCAGCCUCUACGAACAGGAUAUUAAGGAAGUCGUUGAAACCGUGAAAAAGAGCAAAACAAAAACGGCACCAGCUAAGGAGAAAACAACAAAACUAACAAAGAAACAACAGAAAGCUCUUGAGGAAGAAGAGGCCCGUGUCAAGCAGGUGACAAUGAGUGGGGGUUCGUUCCGUAUAAUUCUUAUUGUGGACACACAAGAGACAAGUGGUAAAAAUAAGAAAACCCUGGAUCAAACCAGAGGUUACUUGGAGUCAUUGCAUGUCGAAUAUGAAGUGCGCCGACUUACUGUUGGUGAUUUUCUGUGGAUUGCCCGUGAUAGUGAGGGUAACGAAUUGGUCUUGCCAUACAUUGUGGAACGCAAACGAAUGGAUGAUUUAGCUUCGAGCAUACGCGACGGUCGAUUUCGUGAACAAAAGCAUCGCCUUAAACAAUGCGGAAUUCAACAUAUUAUUUAUUUAGUUGAAGAUUACGGAGACAACGAACAUGUUGGCCUUCCACUGGAAAAUCUGAAGCAGGCCCUCAGCAACACACUGAUACACAAUCAAUUUUCCAUAAAGAGAACAGAGAAUCACCGCAGAUCUAUGAUGUAUCUCCAAGGUAUGUCCCAGACAUUAAUACGUCUAUAUAAAGAUAAAGUCCUAUUGAGUUGUGACAAGGAAGAUCUGCAGCCGCACACACCAACACAGCGAAUGAUCGGUUUAUUAAAAUUCAAAUCUCUCUAUGAAGAUUCAGCUCGAAAUGCCCUUCUAACAGUUCGUGAGGUAUUUGUACAACAACUACUACAGUUGCAUUCAUUGUCAUUGGAAAGAGCCAUGGCCAUUGUUGAAUUGUAUCCCACACCUCGCUGCCUUAUGGAUGCAUAUGAUACCUGUAUUACAUCCGACGAAGCAAGAAAUCUUUUGGCAAAUAUCCGAUAUGGUCAAUUGGAGAGACCAAUGGGCGAAAGGAUAAGUCAAAUUAUUUAUGAUUUUUAUCGAAGUGAUUUUAAUUAAAACCAUUCGGAAUACAA